AAUAAAAACACAAACAUAAGAGGAUGCUCGCACACGUGCACGUUUCAUCAUCAGUGUCUGAUAUUAGCGCGCGCCCUUUCCAAACAAACUCAAAUCCAGAACUAAACACACAGGACGGAGCUGCCUGGAAAAAAACUAAGUGUUGUUGAGUUCCCGCCCAGAAUGAGAGGGAAUGUUGAGGAAAGGCGCGUUUAGAGUUUAGGAUCAGAACUUGCAGGUGAAUCCUUUUCCGUUAAUAAUCUGUCAGCACUUCUAUUUGGGUCCAAAAACCUGGAUAUAGUUAAAAUACAGAUGUAAAGCGUUACGAAUUGGGUAAAGCGGAUAAAUUGCUUCAAGGAUAAAUAAUUCCACACGUCUGAUCGUUGAGCCUACAUGUUGUAAGUCUUUCAUCUCCAUAAGAUUGUAUUAUUUAUUAACCAUACGCAAGAUGUGGCGCAUCUCUCAGAUAAAUAACCGGUCCUACAAGAAUCAUGUGUGAAGUGGUGGAUCCCUUUAACAACUUUCUCACUGGAAGCUGCUCAUAAACGCCAUCUGCUGUUCAAAAGAGUGGAGAGUGUGUGGAAAAUGGAUGGCGAGUUUGUACCUGGAAUGAAUGAAAUUAUAGUUAGAUACUACAACCACUCGGGCAAGUGGGGAAGACCAAAAAGCACUGGUACAUGCAAGACAGUCUUCCUGAUUUGCAUCUGUACUCUGAUUGUGUUGGAGAACAUCACUGUACUACUGGCACUAUGGCGCAACAAGCGAUUCCACAGCCGCAUGUACUUUCUUAUCGGCAAUCUGGCACUUUCGGACUUAUUAGCUGGAGUGGCGUACGUGGUCAAUAUCUUCACCUCUGGCCGCAAUACUUAUUUCCUCAGUCCUGGCCAGUGGCUGCUGCGAGAGGGGAGCAUGUUUGUGGCACUUAGCGCUUCGACCUUCAGCUUGCUCGCUAUUGGGAUCGAGCGCCACAUGACGAUGGUUCGCCUGCGGCCAUGUGAGACUGCAGGAAGGGGGAGGUUAAUAGCUCUCCUGGGAGCCUGCUGGGCUGUUUCGGUCCUGCUGAGCGCUUUGCCCAGCUUUGGGUGGAACUGUUUGGACCGAGUCCACACCUGCUCCACUGUCCUACCACUGUACGACAAAAGCUACAUAGCCUUCUGCAUCAGCGUCUUCACGGCCCUGCUAGCGGCAAUCGUGGUGCUGUACGUGCGCAUCUACCAGCUUGUGACGUCCAGCGGGCGUAGAGUGAGUUCCCGGCCAUCGGAUCGCUCACUCGCACUUUUACGCACAGUAGUGAUAGUACUAGGGGUUUUUGUGGCCUGUUGGGCUCCUCUUUUUCUACUACUGCUGCUGGAUGUGGGAUGCAGUCCAGAGCGGUGCCCGGUUCUGUAUCAGGUGGACUGGUUCAUCGCUCUGGCAGUGCUCAACUCAGCCCUCAACCCUCUCAUCUACACGUUUUCAAGCCGUGAGAUGCGGGCCGCUUUCUUUCGUGUGCUGUGCUGCUGCUGUUGUGAAACGCCACUGGACUCCAUGCCUACGGUGGCAGGGGGGGCGCUCCCAGGAAUAGUUAUUCCAACUGCGGAGAACAGUAAAUCAAGCAUGGCCAGGGCAGGUAGCGUUGCAGCCAAGUCCUCCCUGAUGCAAAGUAAAGUUCCUACCCCGUCAAACUCCCACCAUCAGCAUGGGGACACGUCGCCACCAGCUGUCACGCACCCCUCUGGGCCAGGUGACUUACUGUCUGCGGUGCUGGUUAAAGCUGGGGCGCUUCCCUCUUUGGGAAAGUUUUGAAAAAGAUACUACGGGAGUCAGCACAAAAGAGCGGGAAUUUGUUAUUUCCCAAGAUGUUUGGCUACUGUUCCUGUGUAAUUAUGUAGCGUUCUUCAGCUCUCUGAGGAUUACAAAACCUGGAUUUGCUUUCAUACAAAAGACAAUGAAAUUUAAAAAAGGUACAACGGACUCAAUCACAGCACGAUUGAACAAAUGCUGACCAAAGGAUACACUAACUGAAUUUACUUCUACAUGUAUUAAUAUUUAUGAAACUGAGCAUGUGCUAUGAGCACAUAACAUAGAGCCACUACAGAAUGUAAUCACUCGAAAAGCUUAGGUGUGCAAUCUUUUCUAUCAAAAUAACCCAAUUUGUAAAAUGGUAUAUUAGCUUUUCAUGAAGGAAAAUGCCUUAACAGUAUUAUACUUAUUAUUAUAGUACUCCGUAUAUAAGACUGACCUUUAACAUAUUCUCACAGUUCAUUACUAGACAAAAACAUUUUGAAUAGUUUGCUAUUCUUAUUUAUUACACAAGCUAUCUGUAAUACUCAUUACACAUAAAUUGAGUGUUUAAAAGAAGUAAAGAUGUUUACGGUUAAUAUUCUGUGGAUCGGUUUAGAUGGCAGGAUGUAAGAUGAGGUGGUUUCGUUGUGAAUGUCUUGAAAUUGUUUAUAUUUUUUUGCUCAAUAGUACUUGUUAACUUACAUAAAACUAUCAAAAAAAAAAAAAAAAAAUGCAAGUGUUAUUAUGUGUUAUUAGUGUGAAACAACUCAAUCUAAUGUUGAGAUUGCCUUGUAAACAUUAUCUAUAACCACUAGAGGGAGCUGUAGCAUCACGUUGAAAUAUACUGCGCCACAGAGCAAAUGAGAAGGCAACAGACACACAUUUUGUCUAUGAAUACAGUCAAGCACUAUAAUUUACAGUCGCUUGGUAGAUGCAUCAUGGUAGGCUCUUUAUAAAUGGCUCUGCCUGUAAAAAUCAUGAUCAAUGGCACCAAUCUUUGAGCCAUACAGCAGUAAAUUCUAACUAUAGCAGUGAUAAUCUUAGAGCAUUAUAGACAACUUGCUUUAAGGUAUAUUGCUGCUUCAUGCCAUUUAGUCGACAGCACUUGUGGCAUAUGUUGAAUAGCAAAAAAAGAAGGAAUUUCGACUUAAUUUUGAGCCAAAACCUGGGUUACAAUGAGACACUCACAAUGGAAGUGAAGAGGGCCAAUCUGUAAACAUUCAAUAAUACUGCCACAAGACAAACAAUAUGCAUGUUAAGAUUUUAGUGUGAAAUAAUCGCUUACUUAUUCAGUGUGGUUAUCAAUUUUGACAACUUUGUUGCCAUGACAGUAAAAUAAACAUAUGACAAACUUUGCAGCUCUAAAAAUAAAUAUUUAACAUAAGAAUUAAUGUAAGUGCUUUUAUAAAAUUAUAAGCUUUACAUUUCUGCAUUAAAUCCCUCCAAAGAUUGGUCCCAUUCACUUAUUUGUAAUUGCUUCCCUGUAGAUUUUUGCUGUUUUAACAAAACCCAAGUGAUUCAUUGAAAAUACUUGUUUUCUGGUAAUCAAAAUGAUGCCACAAAUGCUGUUGAUUGAGCUCAAUUUGUAUUGAACCAGGAAUAUUCCUUUAAUUCUACCAGUUACUACCAAAAAGAGGUUCAAUAUGACUUGUUCAUACUGAGAACAUUGCGAGAACAAAUGACAUUUUGUUGAAGAAUGUUUUUUAUAGCAUUUGACAAGUGUGACAUUUCAAGUAAUUUACCACCCUAAGCGGUAGACAUUCUCUCUCUCCAUCACCAUGAUCUUUGCAGUCAGGUUGAGGGGGAAAAAAUAGAAUGUUAAACAAAUCGAACUCAUUUACAAGAGCCAAAGCAUUUUCCUAGGUAAAAUCAUGUCUGUUGGCAUCCCAUAGCUGAAAACUACUGUACAAGACAUUCAGUAUCACAGAAUCCUUUCGUCAAGAGAUUUCACACCAAACGAUUGAAGUGCCAUGAAGAAUCAACACCAACAAACAGUGAUGGCUGAGUGUGAUUCUAUAAUGUGUAACCUUGAGCAAAAACAAACAUCAUCCCACAUCACACAACAAUAAGCCUUGUACAAAGUCCUUGAAAUAAACAUGCCACACAUAGAGGACAUUAAUCCUUUAAAGUGAGGCAUUACACACUU